AUUUUACAUUUUGUUAGUUGAAUUUAGGGGACGUAGGUGAAAAUAACAAAUAAACAUGUUGAUUCAUUUAAUUUAUAAAUUAUUUAUCAUUUUGUCUAUUUAUAUUAUUCAUACAAAAUGUUUACCAAUAUCAAUUGUUUGUGAAAUAUAUAUACCAUCUCCAUUAAGUGGAUUUGCUAGUAUAAAUUAUCCAUUUUUUGGAUUUUGGUUUGGUAAUAUCCCUAUUUAUCAAAAGUUAUACAGUAAUAAUUAUAUUGAAAGAAACCUAGUAAAAAAUAUUCUCUUUAUUCCUCAAAACCAAAAUCAUAUUAUAAACAUAAAUUAUCAUUAUUACCAUCAAUAUCAUCACAGAAAGCUAAAAAACGUAAGUAUGAAUAUAUUCAAUUGGGUAAAAGAUAUGCUAUGAAACGUUUAUAUCAUCAAAAAAAUUCACUUAAACCUUACAAGAACAAAAAAGUCAGUAAUUAUAAAGUAUCCUUGAAAAGAUCUAAGUAUAAUCAAAAUUAUUAUAUACCAACUUAUAUGAAUAGGAGAAAUUUACAGUCAGGACACUUUAGAAGUUCUACAAACCGACAUAAUCGAAAGCGUUUAAAUCAUAGAAUACUAAAAGGUAUAAAUUACAAAUAUGUAAAAUCCAACUAUGAUAUUAUAAGUUAUCAAUCGAAGAAAGGAAAACUCAAUCAAUACUUUGAUCAAAAAGUGAAUUAUAAAACACUAAUGCCUACUGAUAAUAACCAAUGGUAUCGUAAAUAUCAAACCAAAGAAUACAAAAAUUACAAAGAUAAAAAUAAUUAUAACAAAAUUAAUUAUAAUCAGUUGAAGUCUUCAAAAGAAAGAAUCCCUAUUGACAAACCCAAGCUUGGUAAAACACUAUAUAAAUCUAAUUCUAAAUCAUUUUAUGCAAAAAAACAGAAUUAUUCCUAUGAUAUACCUAAGAAAAAUGAUUAUACUCUAAGAAAACGUAUACCUAUUCCUGAUAAACCACUUCUUACUUACACGGAACCGAAACAUGAAAAAAUUCAUAUGAAUAAACAAGAAGCUAAUGAAGAAUCAAGAAAGAAAUAUAAAAUAUCUAAUCAUCAAAUUGUUAAUCAACCUAAAAAGAAAAGCAUUGAUAAGAAAUCUGUUGCUAAAAAAGUAAAAAAUAAUAAUAAAAGCAAAAAGUUGAAAUCAAAGAAGAAAGUUAACUCUCAUAAUGCUGAAGAUUUAAAAGGUACGAAAAAAGAUCGUGUCAAUAUAAUUAAAGUAGUCAAUGAAUACUGAUAAGUAUGCAUUAACCUAAUAGACAGUAUAUUGUUUUAUAUGAAAUAAAAUGAAUCAACUUGGUGUAU